GGUUUCCUAGGAGACCGUGCAGCAGCUGCGCUGCGGUUGGCCCGAAGGGAAGAUGGGGGUGGAGCCGGAGGAGGAAGGCGGCCCUGCGGAGGAAGAAGACUUUUCUCGUGCCAUGGAGCCCUCGGACUCGGGGGCUGCGGGCGGCUCGCGGGCAGUUUGCGAUCAAGGGGCACCAUCACGAAUCGCUUCGUCCAGAGUCAUAGUACAUGUGGACCUGGAUUGUUUUUAUGCCCAAGUAGAGAUGAUCUCCAAUCCAGAAUUAAAGGACAAACCUUUAGGUGUGCAACAGAAAUACUUGGUGGUUACUUGCAACUAUGAAGCCAGGAAACUUGGAGUGAAGAAGCUUAUGAAUGUCAGAGAUGCAAAAGAAAAGUGUCCUCAGCUCGUCCUGGUGAAUGGAGAAGACUUGAGCCGCUACCGGGAGAUGUCCUAUAAGGUCACAGAAUUGUUGGAGGAAUUUAGUCCAGCUGUGGAGAGGCUUGGAUUUGAUGAAAAUUUUGUGGAUCUGACAGAAAUGGUUGAGAAAAGACUGCAGCAGCUUCCGAGUGACGAGGUUCCGUCAGUGACCAUGUCCGGCCAUGUUUACAAUAACCAGUCUGUAAACCUGCACAGCAGCACGCAUGUGAGACUUGCGGUUGGAUCGCAGAUUGCAGCAGAGAUGCGGGAAGCCAUGCAUAACCAGCUGGGGCUCACAGGCUGCGCUGGCGUAGCGCCUAAUAAACUAUUGGCAAAGUUAGUGUCUGGUGUUUUUAAACCAAAUCAACAGACAGUCUUAUUACCUGAGAGUUGUCAGCAUCUCAUUCACAGUUUGAACCACAUAAAGGAAAUGCCUGGUAUCGGCUAUAAAACCGCCAAGCGUCUUGAAGUCCUGGGAAUCAAUAGUGUGCAUGAUCUCCAGACCUUUCCAAUCAAAACCUUAGAAAAGGAAUUGGGAAUUUCUGUUGCUCAGCGCAUCCGGAAGCUCAGCUUUGGAGAGGACAAGUCGCCUGUAACACCCUCAGGGCCACCACAGUCCUUUAGUGAAGAAGAUACAUUUAAAAAGUGUUCCUCAGAAGUGGAAGCUAAAACUAAGAUUGAAGAAUUACUUUCCAGCCUUUUAAACAGAGUAUGCCAUGAUGGAAGGAAGCCCCAUACAAUAAGAUUAGUCAUCCGUCGAUACUCUGACAAACACUGUAAUCGAGAGAGUCGCCAGUGCCCAAUCCCAUCUCACGUCAUUCAGAAGUUAGGGACAGGAAAUUAUGAUGCAGUGCCGCCCCUGAUGGAGAUCCUUAUGAAACUUUUCCGAAAUAUGGUAAAUGUGAAGAUGGCCUUUCACCUGACCCUUCUGAGUGUGUGCUUCUGCAACCUGAAAGCCCUGAACAGUGCUAAGAAAGGGCCUAUGGACUGCUUCCUAACGUCGUCCCUGUCAACAACUGCCUGCUCUGGCAAGCGGAGCUUUAAAGUGAAGGACAUCCACAUGGAGGACUCCUACAAGGAGAAAGAAGCAAACUGGGAUUGUCUCCCAAGUAGAAGAAUCGAAAGCACGAGAAGGGGGGAGUCUCCAUCGGAUGCCACCUGCUUUCCUAAAGAAAAGGACACGAGUGACUUGCCACUCCAGUUCCUGCCAGAGGGUGUUGACCAAGAAGUCUUCACGCAGCUUCCAGCAGAUAUUCAAGAAGAAAUCCUUUCUGGAAAAUCUAGAGAAAAUCUUCAAGGGAAAGGAAGUUUGAGUUGUCCGUUACAUGCCUCGAGAGGAGUAUUGUCUUUCUUUUCUACAAAGCAGACGCAGGCGGGCUGCUUAAGUCCCAGAGAUACUCUGCUCACUGGCAAGCAGGCAUCGGCUGUGUCUCCCUGUGAGCCGGGAACGUCGGGGUUGAGUACCAGUAGCUCCUCCCAUCCAUCCUGCGGAAAGGACUGCUCCUAUUAUGUAGAUAAUCAGUUAAAGGACGAACGUAUGAGUCAAGGCCCUACAGAGUCUCAGGGAUUCCACUUUUCCAAUACGAACCCUGCUGUUUCCGUUUUUCAUUCAUUUCCAAAUCUGCAGAGUGAACAGCUUUUCUCCACACACCGCACUGCAGACAGCCACAAGCAGACAGCCACCACCUCUCACCAGGGACUAGAAAACAGAGAGCAAGAUUCUGCUGAUGAAAAGCUUACUUUCCCAUCGGACAUUGAUCCUCAGGUUUUCUAUGAGCUACCAGAAGAGGUCCAAAGAGAACUGAUGGCCGAAUGGAAGAGAGCUGGGGCAGAGUUCCCCUCUGUGCACAACAGUGUCUGUGGAGUUCCAGCUGGCCUAGAACUCACUAUUGCAGCCGAAGAGGACCUUUACCUAUCUGUCUUCAUCUCCAAAAUGCAGGCAUGUGCUAAUGUGACCAGUCAUUUGAGAUUAAAAUUAUUUGUGCCCAAGAUAUCCCAAGUUGGGAACCAAACAACUGUUUAAACUAAUAACAGCAUUAACUCGUAAAAAGAGUGCCUUGGUUAGGGUCUUCCUACUGUGAACAGACACGGCAGCUAAGGCAACUCUUACAAGACAACAUUUAAUUGAGGCUGGCUUAGAGAUUCAGAGGUUCGGUCCAUUAGCGUCAAGGUGGGAGCAUGACAGCAUCCAGGCAGGCAUGAUGUGGGAAGAGCUGAGAGUUCUACAUCUCGAUCCCAAGGGAAACAGAAGAGUGACUUCCAGGCAUCUGGGAUGAGAGUCUUAAAGCCCACACCCACAGUGACACACUUCCUCCAACAAGGCCACACCUCCUAAUAGUGCCACUUCCUGAGCCAGGUAUACCUAAAGUAAGGAGUAUUUCAGUCUGGUCACUUAACAGUUGUCGUAUUGGUUUAAAUGUAUUUCACCAUGUCUGCGUAUGUAUCGUGCAGGCCUGGUGCCUGUGGAGGUUCAGAUCCUGCUGCCAGAGCCUCUGGAGCUGGAGGUAAAGACAGCAGUGUGCUCCAAGAGCAAGUGCUGUGAACGCCGAGGAAGCACUCUAGCCCAGCGUUUUACUUUUCAUUUGGUAUACUCGGGGAGACACUUGACUAACAUGCGGUCCAGAGUGACGCCACCCCACAUGGUUGGGAGACUUGCAGGCUGGGGCAGGAAGCUGAGAGAUAACAUCUUCACAUGGAAACAGGCCAAAGGACCACAAGUGUGGCGAGGCCAGGGACUGUGAAAGCCGGCUCCCAGUGACAUAAUCCCUGCACCAAGGCCAUGCCUCCUUAACGUCCCCAAACAGUGCCACCAGCUGGUGCCUGAGUGUUCAGAUGUUUCAGCCCAUGGGGGCGUUUCCGAGUCUAACCACCAUGCUGGUGGUGGGACAGAAUGUUUGAUGGAGCCUUCUACCUUCCAGCCUGGUCAUGAAAUAUGAACUGUGGGUUCAAGGACAGACCCCUCCUCUGGGAAUAGCCAGGGAGUGUUGGGGAGGUCACCUGGCACCCUCAUCUGGUCUCCUUGCACAGAUGCACCCACCUUGAGCACGCCCGCCAAUUCACUCACGAACGUGCACACCAGACUUCUCUGAAGAUGUUUUGUGGAUGACACAUGAGGACAGUGUUCAGGAAAAGGGUUGUCACCGCGAAUGACAUGCUCCAGGUGCAAGUGGCUGCGUGAACCUUUACAGGCACAGAUCAAUGUAUUCAGUAAUUACUUGACAGGGUCUUCAAGCUGGUUGGCUCUGAAGCCCGUGUUAUCUGGAGGUUUCAGAUACCACAGCAGUGUUAGCGUUUGGAUUGAAUUAGAGGUGUACUGAGUGUAGGGCUAUAUCAGGAAAAAUGUAGGGGUUGGGGAUUUAGCUCAGGGAUUUAGGCCCUGGGUUCGGUCCUCAGCUCCAAAAAAAAAAAAAAAAAAAAAAGAAAAAGAAAAAAAGAAAAAAAAGGAAAAA